AACAUGAGUGGGCAGUCUGAACAGACUCAGAAGGGAUGUAGCUUGAAAUUCCAGUGGUAAAUUAGCUAGCUAUGCAACGAAUGGACUGGAUACUCUGGUCAUUAUUCAUAGAUUUUAUGCUAAACAGCUUUUUCAAAUAAAAUCUGGAGUCGUGAAAAGAUCAAUAUCAUGCAUUUCAUACAUGCAGGAGGGAUCAAUUGCAAGUAACGUUACUCGAACUGGACCAGACUAUGUAGCUAAUUUAGCUAGCCUAGCUAAAUUACCGGCGUUAGCAACUACCUGCUUCACCCUGGUAGCGUUAGGCUAGCUAAAAUGAUAACUGGUGGUUUGUACCUGACGCGAUAUUAGCGCAACACAUUUGUAUUUACUCAAGGCGCUUGAUAGCAUAGCUAGCUAACGUUAAGUGGUACAGAAAUAGCCUAAAUCAGCUAGCUUCAUUUGCUAGCUAAAAUGACAUGAAGAACAUGCCUUGGGAUGACUCAUCUUUUACCCGACUGAUGUUAAAUGCAACUUUGUUGUUAAAUGCAACUUGUUGUUUCCGUUAGUAAAACAUUGAGUAGCUGCAUGCAUGUAAGUGUGGUAUAUGCGUGAAGUAUCCUUGUCCAUGCUUGCCUGUGUAUCUAGCUAAGCUAACUAGUUCACGUUAGGUAGGGACCCAAGAUGGGUUUUGAUUUGUCGUAAAAGAAGAUGCUGACGCAUGGUAUGUAUCUCAUCCUUUUAUGGCUUUUCGGGAAUAAUAUUAUCAACAAUGGCAUUUGUUUGCUGACACUGGCUACAUAGGAAACGAAAAGAUAUGGAUCCGCAGUUAAAAGGGAGAAUAUUCCAUUACUAGUGGCUAGUUAUCGUUCUCUGUUUUGCCGAGAUUGUCUGCAUAACUAGCUAAUCGAUUGCUAGCUGGAUGACGAAGACACCCAUUCUAUGUGGAUGAGACAUUUAAAUUGACGUUAUUGCUUGGCUAUCUACCUAUAUGCCAUCGCCCCAACAACCCAUUGUUUUAUCUGGUCAACCAUGGCGGUUAGCGGGGUGAGUCUCCUUUCUCAAGCCGGGGACGUGGCUGCUCCGGCCGCUAUGUCCUCUUCCAAUACGUCAGUGUCCGCCAGUCCCACGCCAGAUGCGGACACCCGUGGCUGCGAGAACGGUGCCUUGAUGGACUCUUUCGGCAUCUUCCUGCAAGGCCUGCUAGCGAUGGUGGCCUUCAGUACGCUGAUGUUAAAGCGCUUCAGGGAGCCCAAGCAUGAAAGAAGGCCCUGGAGGAUCUGGUUCCUGGACACCUCCAAACAAGCCAUUGGGAUGCUGUUUAUUCACUUUGCCAAUGUCUACCUGUCUGACCUCACAGAGGAGGACCCCUGUUCACUUUACCUUAUAAACUUCCUCCUGGAUGCGUCUCUGGGCAUGCUGCUUAUCUAUGCCGGGGUGAGGACUGUCAGUGCCAUUGUAGAGUGGAGGCAGUGGGAUGCUCUACGCUUCGGAGAAUACGGAGAGCCGGUGCAGUGCACUGCGUGGGCGGGCCAGUGUGCUCUCUACAUCCUCAUCAUGAUGUUUGAGAAGGUCCUGAUCAUCCUGGUCCUACUCAUCCCCCAGUGGAAGAAGCUGGCUCUCCUGAACCCCAUAAACAAUCCUCAGUUGGAGCUGGCCAUCGUCAUGCUCAUCGUCCCAUUCUUCGUUAAUGCCCUGAUGUUUUGGGUGGUAGAUAACUUCCUGAUGAAGAAGGGGAGGACAAAAGCCAAGCUGGAGGAGCGGGAGGUGGGGGAGGAUGUGCGGGGCAACCGUAAGGUGCGCUACAGACGGGCACUCUCCCACGACGACUCGGAGUCUGAGAUCCUGUUCUCGGCUGACGAUGAGAUGGACGACUCGGAGGAGGAGGAUGUGCGCCGGCUCACCGGCCUCAAAACGGUCAAGAAAAAGAAGCACCGUAUGGGGAUCCCUGUUUAACCUGGGCCUACCCAGGCUGACUUGGUCUAACCCACUCCUGUGUCCACUCGCCUCACUUCACGUCCCCACUCUCUCCCUCUCCAGGCCCCGUUGCCCUGACUGGAGCCUCCUGGGAACAUAUCGUCUAGAUUCCUCUAACAGCAGGCUAGCAUUGGUCUCUUUGUGAGUAGGGUGCCUCUGUAGGGAGGUGGGAUCAUGGAGGACUGCAGAUCAUGGGGACUAUUGGACUGCCUUUACUACACAUUUGCAUGGGACUCCUGCAGCCUCUACACUGGGAAUAGAAACACUCGGGAAAGUAUUUUGCUGCAGCUAACCACGUCUGAGAUUCCACCAUAGAUCUAUCACUUAUGGUGGUGACACUCAUUGAAGAAAUGAUUUGUUAUGAUUGUGGAAAACCGUUAACACUGGUGUAUUAUAGGAACGUUUGGGACUGGUUGAGUGGGUGACGCAGUAUAAUUGCUAGCACCCCUUUUACUGUGGUUCCACACGGUCUCUUAAGAGGCCACGGAUAAUAUUAACUGCAUCAGGUUACGCUGUGAAUGGUUGUUACUUUUUCUGUGGUUUAACAGAUGACCCCUGUUGGAUGUAGAGGGAGAGAACAGGCACCUGGGAUUGCACUCGGUAUUUCCCUUGCCUUCAAGCAAACCUCUGUCAUUUUAACAUUUUAAUACAUUUGAUACUCAUCUUCCGAAUCUAAAAGUGAUUGUAUUCCUCAUUUAGAUUCCGUAUAUAAAAUGUAUGUCUCUUCCUCAGCUAGGCUGACUGCAAUGGCCUGUUAUAAGAGUUGGUGGAGGUGUGCGUCUGUCUGAACUUCUCAUUCAUGCAUGUGCGGGAAGUUUAGGAUGAUGCUCCUAUGGAGGCUUUGCUCUGUAAACAUGCAGUGUUUUUAUAAUAACACUCACAUUUCUAACUCCUAAGCCUAUAUCAUGACUGCAGAGGGAGGACGGGUCAGGACAGUGCAGCUUGGCUGUGUGUGUCUCAACCAUGCACCACCCAACCUGAACCUAAGGGACUGAGACCCCUAUCCCACUGACGGUACAGCCAGGCUUUUAGGUCUGCAGGCCUGGAUCGGGCCCUUCUCUCCCUGUAUGUGUAUAUGACUUAGCUAGGAUCACUUCUGUUACCUCUUUAUUCCUAGUCUUUGGUGUGUCCUGUUUUUAUUUUUUUACAGUAAGUUAUUUUGGACUAAAACCAUGAGACUGAACCUACACCAUGUGUUCUUAAUUCAGAGACGGAAUAGAUAUGGGACCUGAGGGUGUGUCCUCACAACCAAUGUUCAAACUCUCUGCUCUUGCCCCCAUCACUGGUCUAAGGAUGUUCUUUGUUUGUUUUGUAUUUUUGUAUUUGUUUUGUUCAUUCCUUGUUUUCGACAAUGUGCCUGUGUGAAUUUACCAUGUUUGUGCAUGUUCAUCUUGUGCCUCAGAUCUUCAGACUUGCAGUAGCAUUCAGUUGGUUUGGCUCAGAUGUUGAGAACUUGACAGAAGCACAGACCUCUAGACUGGGAGUGACUUUUGGGCCGGUGUACAACCUACAGUACAGUGGAGAGCAGUGCGGGUAUGUUUGUAUGUUUGUGUGUGCAGUGUUGUAGUACUCGAGACUGGUCUCGAGACCACAUAUUGAGUGUCUUGAUGUCAGAUACAUUUGUACUCUGUCUUGACUCGGUCUAGAACAGUGACGACUCGUAAUUUCUUCCCGAUACCAGCAGAGUAAAAGUAAAACAUAAUUAUCAACUUCCAUUCAGUCAGUACAUAAAACCACUUCGCCAGGCCAAAUAUAUGUAUAUGUAUUCAGACCCCAAGACUUUUUCCACAUUUUGUUACGCUACAGCCUUAUUUUAAAUCCUCAAUCUACACACACUACCCCAUAAUGACAAAUCAGAAAGAUUCUUUUUAGACAU